AUGAUACCAGAUAAUCAGACCACAGAUACAGAAUUCAUUCUUCUGCCAUUUUCCAGCAGCAUGCACAUCCAGUAUGCCCUAGGCUUCCUUUUCCUAUUGAUUUACUUCCUCACCUUGGCUGGGAACCUUUUGAUAAUGGCAGUCAUCAAGAUGGAUUCCCAACUGCACACCCCCAUGUACUUCUUCCUGGUGAACUUAUCCUUUUUUGAUAUGUUUUAUUCCUCAGUCAUGGCACCAAAGUUGGUUUAUACACUACUAACCAAGAACAAAAUUGUCUCCCUCAGUGGGUGCCUAGUACAGAUUGGACUGAUGUUUUUCAUUGCUUCAUCUGAAGCCUUUAUUCUCUCAGCCAUGGCCUAUGACCGCUACUCAGCCAUAUGCAAUCCUCUGGUUUAUGUGAUGGUCAUGAGCAAACGAUUCUGUACCUUUCUGGCCUGUGGGUCUUGUCUACUUGGGGUAACCAAUUCUCUGAUGAAUACCCUGCCUUUGUUGAGGCUGCACUUCUGUGGCCCCUACUUCAUCCACCAUUACAGCUGUGAGAUGCCUGAGCUCUUACCUCUCUCCUGCUCUGAUCUCUUCCCUAACAAGAUGAUUUUGUUCACCACCUUGGUUGUCUUUGGCUUUGGUUGCUUCUUCCCUAUCCUGUUUUCAUAUACCCGAAUUAUCUCUGCCAUCCUGAAGAUCAGCUCAGCCUCAGGCAGGAGCAAAGCCUUUUCUACCUGCUCCUCUCAUGUCAUUGUAGUGACUUUAUUCUUCCUGACAGGUUUGGGCCGACAUUUAAGCCCUGCUACAGGAUCCGUCCUGGAACAAGUCAUUUCCCUACAGUAUAGCAUUGUGACACCCCUAUUGAACCCCAUCAUCUACUCUCUGAAGAAUGUGGAAGUCAAAAUAGCCAUAAAGAAAAUGUGGGGGAAAAAAGGUAUCCUCUCUGGAACUUAUUAA